AUGGACCAAUCGACCGAAAUCAACCAGGACCUGUCGUCCGAAAAUCCCGGUAGUCUUCAGGCCAACCUGGAUAGCCGUCGCGCAAAGUUGCAGCGCAUCCGGCAGCGGGGUAUCGAUCCCUAUCCACCGCGUUUCCAACGCAGUUGCACCGCCGACGAAGCGGUCAAAUUGUUCGAGGCCGCCGAAGCGAGCGAAACGUCGGAGCGCGCCGCCGGGAUCAGCGUGGCCGGCCGUAUCGUGUCGAUGCGGGUGAUGGGUCGUGCGGCGUUUCUGGAUUUACGUGACGCCUCGGGUGUGGUCCAGGCCAUGUUUCGACAGAACGUCCUUGGCGACGAUUAUGCUGUCUUGCAGGACCUCGACCUCGGCGACUUCCUCGGCGUCGACGGCGACAUGAUGCGAACCCGCACCGGCCAGCCCACCAUCGAAGCCCGAUCCCUGACCAUCCUCGCCAAGGGGAUGCGCCCCUUGCCCGAAAAGUGGCACGGCCUGCGCGAUGUCGAAACCCGUUACCGCCAACGCUAUUUGGACCUCAUCGCAAAUCCCGAAGUCGCAGACACUUUCGUUCAGCGUAGCCGCAUCAUCAGCGGUAUCCGCCGUUUCCUGGACGACCGUGGUUUCAUCGAAGUGGACACGCCCAUACUGGUCCCCAUACCAGCCGGCGCCCACGCUCGCCCAUUCAUUACCCACCACAAUGCCCUGGACGAGCAGCUUUACCUCCGCAUCGCCACCGAGUUGUACCUCAAACGCCUCAUUGUGGGUGGCCUGGACAAGGUCUAUGAGAUCGGCCGCGUCUUCCGCAACGAGGGCAUCGAUCAGGACCACAACCCUGAAUUCACUUUGCUGGAGUCAUACGAGGCCUACGCCGAUUACAACUCCGUAAUGGAGAUGGUGGAGUCUCUCGUCUCCUCGUUGGCCCAGGACGUGCGCGGCAGUAUGCAAGUUGCGAUGGGAGACCAAAUCAUCGAUUUCACGCCGCCGUGGCCCCGCCUCUCCUUGUGCGAGGAACUGCACCGACGCAGCGGCGUAGACAUCGAGGAUUAUCCCGAUGCUGAAUCCCUAACCGACAAAUGCCGGGAGCUGGGGUUGGAUCCCGCACCACGCGAAGCUAGGGGUCGCCUCAUUGACAAGAUGCUAUCCGUGUAUGUCGAACCACAUCUGAUCCAACCGUCGUUCCUGAUUGACUAUCCCGAGGAUAUGUCGCCCCUGGCCAAGGGUCAUCCCGACAAGGCGGGCUACGUCGAACGCUUCGAGGCCUUUGCCGCCGGAAUGGAGAUCGCCAACUCCUACACCGAGCUGAACGACCCCGAGGUCCAGCGCGCCCGGUUUGCCGACCAGGAGCACCAGCGUGACGCUUACGGCGACGAGGAAGCCGACCGAACCGACGCCGAUUUCCUCACCGCCAUGGAAUACGGCAUGCCCCCCACCGGCGGUCUGGGCAUCGGCAUCGACCGCCUCGUCAUGCUGCUGACCGGCCAGUCCACCAUACGGGAUGUGCUACUAUUUCCGCAGAUGCGCAGGGUGCAAAUCAUUGCCGAAGGGGCGAUUUCUGCUUUGACCGAUUAG